AUGCCUUCCUGGAACAACGAAGAAACGAGCUCGGAGGAGGAGUGCGAGGUCGUCGGCAUGGACAUGGGACUUAUGGAUUCUUGUUCAAAAGUGAGGCUGGGGUUUGAUUGUAGGAUUGAUGAGGAACCAGACACCACUGUGGAGCCCCUUUUCUGUGGCCAACUUGAGCUUGCUCAUCCCAAGUGCAUUCUGCACCAAAUGAGGCCUAUUAAGCGUGUUGCUUUUGAAGGGCCUGUAACAGGAAGGCGUUUCUAUGGCUGCCCAGUCCAGGAAAAUGGUGUGAAUUGUGGUGUUGUAGAGUGGGUUGAUGGGCCUUGGCCAAUUGUUCUUCAGAGAUGUUUGUGCAAGCUAUGGGAGAUGUUCCAUGAGCAGAACUUUGGAAGGGUACAGGACAAGGAGAAGUUUGAGAAGGAGUUGGCCAGGCUUAAGAGUGAACAUGAAAGGGAGUUGGCCAAGCUUAGGACUGCAAAUGACAAGCUUUGCAUUGAGUACACCAAGCUUGUUGAUGAUGUAUCCAAGAUGUUUGAUUGGCAGGAUUGUAGGGUGGACAAGCAGAUGUACCAAAAACAAGUGGAGGAGGAAGAACUUGAGAAGAAGAAGAAGAAGAAGAAGAAGGAGCUAGAGGAGAAAGCUAUGUUGGAGGUGCAGAUGGAAAAGCUCAAACUUGCAAAAGAGCAGAGGUGCAUUUUGCAGAGCCAAGCUGAUAUCAUCAAGAACACCAGGAAGGCUAUGAAGGAUGUUGAAGUUGACAGAGAUGUUCUUAAGAAGGAGAAGGCAAAGCUUGAGCUUGUUGUUGCUGAGUUGCUGAAAGAAGGGUAUGGCAGCAAGGAGAAGUUAGAGCAAAUCAAGGCCAUCCUUGAGUCUUGA